UUUCCUUAUCUCUUCAUCCACCACCGGCGUUUGUUGUCAAGUGCCAGUGGAGAAUCUCUCCUCAGAUAUAUGGGCAUGGAGGAAAUAUGGACAGAAACCCAUAAAGGGGUCCCCAUAUCCAAGGGGUUACUAUAGAUGUAGCAGCUCAAAGGGGUGUUUGGCAAGGAAACAAGUUGAGAGGAACAGAUCAGACCCAACAAUGUUUAUUGUGACAUACACUGCUGAGCACAACCACCCUGCUCCUACUCACAGAAACUCCCUUGCUGGUUCCACACGCCAGAAGCCAUUGGCACCACAAGCCGCCACAAAUGGAGACUCUGACAAGACCCCAACAAAGCCCUCUUCCCCUGCCACCUCAGGGGCAGAGGAAGAGGUUCCACCACAAGGGGAAAAGUCAGAGAGCAGAGAAGAGAAAGAGGAUGAUGUUGAUGAGGAAGAAGAUGAAUUUGGAGGGUUGUCUGAUAUGGUGCUGACAGAUGAUUUCUUUGAAAGUUUGGAUGAACUGAGUCAACUCACUGCUCCUUCUGUUGUCACUGGAGAUUGCUUCAGUGACCCCUUUUCAACUAUUGCAAUCCCAUCUUGGGUGGCUGGUGGAUGCAGAUGAUUCUUUGGGGGAAAAAUCAUCACAACAAGUGUUUUCAUUGAUGACAAUAGGGACCCUUUUUUGUUUUGUUUGUAGAGGAAAGGGAACAUUUUGGAGGAAUCUUUACGAACAAUGGUUUGUGAAGGGGAGGAAUAGUUUGUAGAGUAGUGAGUAGUGACUAGUAAGUAAGGUAGAUCAAGCAUUUGUAUGUUCUUGUUAAAAUUAAAUGGUUAAUAGGGAUUCAUAGUUUCAUGUCAUACCUAUGUUAAUGUAAAAACAAUUUGUUUUAUCAGCAGGUUUUGUAUGCUCCAUGAGUUGUGGUUGAGUUCACUGUAUUACUAUUCAACAUUGGUUGUGAUAUAAAUUGGCAAAGCACUUGUGUUUUUGGGUUGA